AUGUUUUCAUGUCGUCUUCCCGCAUGAAUUUAUAUAUUACACACACAUAUGCACAUGCUAUAGAUCUUCAUAUUCGUUAACAACAUUGAGAAAAAACAAACACAUGGACAUUAAAGAAGAUGACGAGUCUCCAGUUGUGAGACCUACGGAACUUCAACUUCAUGAUUCAGUUUAUGCGAGAACAGGAACGUUGUGGACGGCGGUGGCACAUAUAAUAACAGGAGUGAUCGGAGCAGGAGUUUUGUCGUUGGCUUGGGCCACCGCCGAGCUCGGCUGGAUAGGUGGUCCGGCAGCCAUUAUAGCCUUCGCCGGAGUCACACUUCUCUCUGCUUUUCUUCUUUCCGAUUGCUACCUUUUUCCUGAUGCGGACAAUGGUCCCAUCCGCCUCAACUCUUAUUCUCAAGCCGUUAAAGUUUAUUUAGGGAAGAAAAAUCAGAUCGUAUGUGGGGUCUUUGUAUACAUUGGCCUUAUUGGUGUUGGCAUUGCUUAUACCAUUGUGACUGCUACUUGCAUUAGAGCAAUUCUGAGAUCGAAUUGCUAUCAUAGAAAGGGACACAAUGCAACAUGUUCUUAUGGAGACAAGAACAACUACUUCAUGCUUUUGUUUGGUGUGAUUCAGAUCUUUUUGUCACAAACACCUAAUUUCCACAACAUGCUAUGGCUCUCUGUUGUCGCUGCAAUUAUGUCUUUUGUUUACGCGUCCAUUGGGCUCGGCCUGGCCUUUGGCCAAAUCUUAGAUGAAGAAAACCGGCAAAUCGAAGGAAGUGUAAGGGGAAGUCCAGCAGAAAACAGAGGUGCAAAAGUGUGGUUAGUGUUCCAAGCUCUUGGGAACAUUGCCUUUUCUUAUCCUUACUCGAUCAUACUUCUUGAAAUUCAGGACACAUUGAGAUCGCCACCGGCGGAGAAGCAAACUAUGAAGAAAGCCUCAACAGCUGCGGUAUUCAUCACAACAUUCUUCUACCUUUGUUGUGGAUGUUUUGGGUAUGCAGCCUUUGGAGAUUCCACACCGGGAAAUCUCUUGACCGGUUUCGGGUUCUAUGAUCCAUUUUGGCUCGUGGAUCUCGCAAACGCUUGCAUUGUUCUUCAUUUACUUGGUGCAUAUCAGGUAUAUAGUCAACCGAUUUUUGCAGCCAUGGAAAAUUGGCUAACCGAGAAAUACCCACAAAAUAAGUUCAUCACCAAAUUCUACGGCCUGAAACUGCCGUUGUUACGGGGAGGAACGGUGGUGAGACUGAAUCCAAUGAGGAUGUGUCUGAGAACAACGUAUGUGGUGAUAAUAACGGGAGUGGCAAUGGUGUUUCCAUACUUCAAUGAAGUGCUUGGUGUGUUGGGUGCACUUGGUUUUUGGCCUUUAGCUGUGUAUUUCCCUGUGGAGAUGUGUAUAUUGCAGAAGAAGAUUAUAGUUUGGACGCGACCAUGGCUUCUUCUUAGAGGUUUCAGCUUUGUUUGCUUACUCGUCUCUCUCUUGGCUCUUGUUGGGUCUGUUUAUGGACUUGUUGGAGCAAAACUCCGAUGACCAAACAAAAAUAUACUAGAUUUGUCUUUUUCUUAUGACCGAGGCUUAUUAAGAAUGUUGUCAUGAAGAAGUGUAUCGCGUACAAGAGAAUUGUUGCCGAGGCAAUAACAGAACUCUAUGAAGUAAAAUGGGGCUUUUAAACUUAUAAUAUAUGAA